AUGGAAAAUCGGCGGUCGAUAAGAAGAUCGGGAAACGAAUCGGGACUUGACUCCCCGAUUCGAAUUCGAAUGGAAAGAUGGAGAAAUCCACGUGGACGUCAUACCCACGUGGAUAUCGAUUGGAAAUUCAUAUGGGAAUUGGCACCCCAAAUGAAAAAUCGCUGGUCGAUAAGAAGAUCGGGAAAUGAAUCGGGACUUGACUCCCCGAUUCGAAUUCGAAUGGAAAGAUGA